GAUGUGGGGUGAUAAUAAUUCAACUAAUUAUGGCCUUGGUAAUUUUAAUUGGCCAUGUAUCAUGUGUCACACUGCCACAGUGCCUUGUUUAUGCACCAACCCCAUGAUCAGGUGGUACAAUAAUGUACCCUUGAGUUCAAAUAAUUAUUUAAAUUACCAAAGAGCCCCUGAAAGCACCAUUUAUGCAGGUUUUUCUCAUGCAAGCAAUCUUGUUAAUCCUCCUCUUCAUGUAGAGCAUGAUCAUGAAGCUAGUGAUCAUAUGGCUACGAAUGAAAUCGAUUCUUGGUUGAUGUCAAACCCUGAUAAUGAUCAGAUUGGUGAGAGUUUGAAUCUUCGAAGCUGCUACGGCUCCUACAACGAGCAUCAGUACCAGGGUGGUCAGUUUAUUCAGAUGCAAACUCAGGGUAUUCAGACAUCUCUCCUACCAAUGGUUGCUGGCAUUGUACCUGAGGCUACAAUUGGCACCGCGGAUUUGCCACCAGAAUGGGCACCAAACCAGUUCUCUUUUCCACCUUCUUAUCCUGGAAAUCUAAUAAAAGAAGCAGUUGGAACCUAUUCAAACUCAACAAGCAUGUCUUCUGUAGGGACACAACAACAAAUUUCACCAGAUGAUUUACAAAAGCCAUAUGAACACCCUCCAAUGACCAGGCAAGAUCGAAUCCUACGUUAUUUUGAGAAAAAGAAAGCAAGGAAGUAUCAAAAGAAAGUAAUAUAUUCAUCGAGGAAGACAUACGCGCAGACUCGGCCUCGAAUACGGGGCAGGUUUGCAAGGAGUUCUCAAACGGAUGCUAGUGACAAAACAGCUGUUUGAAGUGGUCAUGAUAAGAAAAGCACGAGCUUUAGGAUAGAAUAUUGCUAAAGGGAUGUUUUAAAGUUAUGUAGAUUGAUAGUGUUGGUACCUUGAUAAAGUUCCACUAUGAAACCAAAAUUGUAAUGGACUGGAUUUGAUUAU